CGUUGUCAAACCGGCAAACAUUCGCGUUAUUUGCACGGCUGCGAUAGCAAAUAUUUUGUUCUUACAUAUCCACCACGAUGGCUCGCCAGCUUACCAAACUCGGCUAUCUCGAUGUGAAGAAAACGUUAUUUAUGCUGUGCGACUUGCAGGACAAGUUUCGCCCCGGCAUGAAGAUGUUCGAUCCAGUGAUCAAAAACACUAGCAAACUGUUGCAAGCGGGCAAAAUACUGGACGUGCCACUGAUCGUCACCGAACACUAUCCGGAAAAGUUGGGCCGCAUCGUGAGUGAGCUGGACAUUUCGCACGCCAAGGGCGUAUACCCGAAGACGCUGUUCAGCAUGAUGAUACCGGAUGUGCAGCGCAAGAUCGAGGAACUGUACGGGGCGCAGGGUCCCGAGACGGUGGUACUGUUCGGGCUGGAAUCGCACAUCUGUCUCGAGCAAACGGCCAUGGAUUUGCUCAACAAGGGCUACACCGUGCAUGUGGCGGCCGAUUGUUCCGUUUCGCGCACGCAGGAGGACCGAAAGUUUGCGCUGGAGCGCCUGAAGCAGUACGGGUGCUUUGUGACGACGAGCGAAAACGUUAUCUUCAAGCUGAUGCGUGACAAGCAACACCCGGCCUUUGAUAAGGUGCGCCAUCUGGUGCGCGACCCAUCGGUCGAUACGGAGCUGGCCAAGCUGUAAUGUGUGGGACCGGUUCGGUUCGAGUGAUUUACAUGGCUCCCUUUUUUAGGUGCAAGAGACGGGGAACAGGGAACUGAUGGUUUGGGAUGCUAAAGUGAUAGAAGAAUUCAAAAUUCAUAGAGAUUUCGGUAGGGAUUUUUUACACAACGGAUGCAUUUAAACAAAGUUACAGUAAAGUAAAUGGUUAUUAAAGUU